AUGGUUGAAAUCUCAGAAGAUGAUUCUGCUUCUAAUCUUCCAAUUAUACAUGGAGUGGCAUCACAAAUAGGACCUCCCCCUCCACGUCCACCGCGUUCUGGACAAGUGCAUGGACCAUCAGCAGGGACAGGGAGUACCGCUGGCUCAUCUACACCAGCUUCUGAACCUUCACAUGCUUGUGGCGCAGGUGAAACAUUAGAUAAUAAUCCUAAUGCUGGUGUGAAGAGAUCAAAGGUAUGGGAUCACUAUGAUAUUUAUGAAAAUGGUGAGAGAGCGAAAUGUAAAUAUUGCAAAAAGGCUAAUUACAAGAUUGGUAAGAAAAAUUUGGAUGGUAAGAAACAUGGGACUUCUAAUCUCCAACAUCAUUUGGAUAAGUGUCAGAAGUAUAAGAAUGAAAUGAAUGAGGCUAGAGCUGACGGACAACAAACACUUGAAUUCCAGCCUUGCAAGCUUGGAGAGGAACCACAGUUGGUUGGGGUGUCUUUUUCUCAAGAUGCGUGCAGGAGAGCGCUGAUUAGAUUUAUCGUUACCGAUGAAAUGGCUUUUAGAAUUGUUGAAGGUGAAGGUUUUAUAGCUUUUUGUAAGUAUCUUGAGCCUCGAUUUAAGCUUCCAAGUCGUAUGACAAUAUACCGUGAUGUGUGCAAGCUGUUUUUGACAGAGAAGGCUAAUCUGAAAAGUUAUUUCAAAGCAAACAAGAUAAGAGUGUGCCUUACUACUGACACUUGGACGUCAUCGCAGAAUUACAAUUAUAUGGUAGUGACUGCGCAUUUCAUUGAUCAUCAUUGGAAACUACAUAAAAGAAUUAUCUGUUUUUGCUUGAUUGAUAGCCAUGAAGGUACAAAUAUUGGAGAGGCUUUGGCGAAAUGUUUGCUAGACUGGGGACUUGAAAAGGUUUUCACUGUGACGCUUGAUAAUGCGUCUGCAAAUAAAGUUGCUGUUGACUAUUUGAGGAAGAGAGUUCAGAGUUGGGGUUCUGCAUUACUCGGAGCUAAACAUUUACAUGUUCGAUGUGCGGCUCACGUACUUGCACUUGUUGUGAAGGACGGUAUGAAGAAGUAUCAUACAUCACUUCUCAGGAUCAGGGCAGUGGUAAAAUAUGUCACGAAAUCUCCCGCAAGAUAUAAAAGGUUUACGGAGGCUGCUGUGUCGGAAAGAAUAGAUUGUAAAAAGGGUCUGAUAUUAGAUGUGAGAACGCGGUGGAAUUCUACUUACUUAAUGCUUGUUGCUGCUGAAAGAUAUGAAAAGGCAUUUGAAAUGCUACGUGAGUUGGAUAAGGCAUUUUGUGAAGAGUUUUGCUUUGAUAUUCCAGUACCAGAUAAUAUUAUGGGUGAUGGUGAUGACACUGUUGAUCUUGAUGCUGAUUAUGAUCUGGAAUCAGACAAUGAAGAAGAACUUGAUACUACUGAAGAAGAAGAUUCUGCUGCUGUCAGGAAAGCCAAGAAAAAAAACAGGCCAAAAGUGCAUGCUCCUGAACGAUACGAUUGGUGCAACGCGAGAGUUCUGAUUAAGUUUCUACAAGUAUUUUAUGAAGCAACUGUUGCAUUUUCAGCUUCUACUUAUGUUACUUCUCAUUCUUUCUUAUUGGAACUUGGCACUGUUCGUCAAGAAUUAGAAGAAUGGAAAAAUACACAUGAGGACCCUUUCUUAAGCCACAUGGGUGCUGUAAUGUUGCUCAAGUACAACAAAUAUUGGGGAACAUACCGAAAUAUGAAUUCGUUGAUGUUUAUGGCUGUACUUCUUGAUCCACGAGAGAAAGAACAUGGAUUAUUUCUGUUUGCAGCUUAUAAAGCAGAAAAUGUUAGAUGUGCAGUAUCUUCAUCAGAAUCUGUGGGCGAGACUAAUUCCACUUCUACUCAAAGUUCUUCGAGUUUUGGAAGUACUAUUUCUAGCAAGGCCAAGUAUAUGGCGGGAAGGAAUAAACGAAAGCAUCAAUUGAGUAAUGUGGAGGACAUUGGGAGAUCUGAGGUAGAAAGGUACUUGGCUGAACCGAUCUACACACCCACAAAUGAAAAUGCUACUUUUGAUAUAUUACAAUGGUGGAAGGUAAAUGCUGCGAGGUUUGACAUUUUGCCACUUAUGGCUAAAGAUAUAUUUGCUAUUCCCGUUUCUUCCGUUGCUUCAGAAUCAGCAUUUAGUACCGGAAAAAGAAUUUUGGAUCCUUUUCGAAGCUCCUUAAAGCCCAAGACACUUGAGGCCUUAAUUUUGUUACAAAAUUGGUUACGAACACCAAUAGACAUGGAUUCAUAUACCCUUGGAGUCGAGGAGGAGGAGAUUGAUAUUGCUGAGUCUGGCUUUCAGCCAUUCGGAGGUAAAACAUCCACAAACUUGCAGGCUUGCAGCGACUCGCUGUUGGUCGCUUUAUAUGAUAUUAGGCUUUAG